AUGAAGUCCAAGAUAGAAGAGCAUGAAGAGUACACUAUUAUAAGGUUUGUAGCCAACUUGAAUCGAGACAUCUCUAAACUGAUGAGGCUUAAAACCUAUAAUAGUCUUGAAGAGGCAUUUAAUGACGCAUCCAAGGUUGAGGCAGAUCUAAAAGAAGAGAGGUCCUACAAAGACAAAAACAAAUCGUUCUCAACUUGGAACAAAGGCAAAGAAAAGUGGAAAAAUUCCACUUGGGAUAAGCCCAAGAGCAACACUCAAGCACCGCAAGCCAAAUUCGAUUACAAAGCCAAAGGUGAUGAUAAGGAUAAAGGAGUGAGGGAUGGGUAUCGAACCAAUGAUGAACAUGAGGGCGGGGUUGGUCAUGAAGAAGAUGAAGAAAGAAGUGAAUGUGAAGGUGAUUUCUAUGAAGAGGUUGAGAUAAGGGUCAACAAGCAAGCCAUUAUAAAAUUUAGCAUUGGCAAGUACCAGGAUGAGAUUUUGUGUGAUAUGGUACCCAUGCAAGCUUGCCAUCUAUUGCUUGGAAGACCUUGGCAAUUUGAUGUUGAUGCCCAACAUAGUGGGAGAACUAACAAAUACUCGUUUGUGGUCAAGGGGAAGAAAUACAUUAUUAACCCACUAACCCCUUACCAAGUGAGUGAGGAUUAUAGAGUGAUGAGGGAGCUUCGGGAGAAGUAUCAAAGGGAAGAAAAAGAGAAGAGUGAGAGGGAGACUUUGUUGGUCAUAAGUGGAGAGGAAACAUCUCAAGAUGGUUCCAAGAAAUGUUUGUUGGCCAAACCAAGUAAUUGCUUAAAAGGGGUUGAUGAGGGACACUUCAUGGAAUAUGAAACAUUGUUCCCGGAAGAAAUGCCCGAUGUCUUACCUCCUUUGAGAGGUAUUAAGCACCAAAUCGACUUUGUAGCGGGUUCCCAAAUUCCCAACAAACCGGCUUAUAGGAGCAAUCCGGGAGAAACAAAAAAGUUGCAAAAGCAAGUGGACGAGCUUCUUAAAAAGGGGCUAGUGAAGGAGAGUCUUAGCCCGAAAUCAAUUGAGGAGCAUGUAGGCCAUUUGAGGCAAGUAUUUGAUGUCUUUUUGCGUGAGAGGUUGUUUGCUAAUAUCAAGAAAUGCGAUUUUUGUGUUGAUAAAGUGGUGUUCUUGGGUUUUGUGGUGAGUGCAAAUGGUGUGGAGGGGUUUAGUACAAUUGCCUCACCCUUAACCGAAUUGAUCAAGAAAGAUGUUCCUUUUGUUUGGGGAGAUGAGCAAGAGAAGGCGUUUCAUGAAUUGAAAUCCAUGUUGAGUUUGUCACCAUUGUUGCAAUUACCCAAUUUUGAGAAAACUUUUGAAGUUGAGUGUGCUGCUUCUGGGGUUGGCAUAGGUGGAGUAUUGAUGCAAGAAGGCAAGCCAUUGGCUUACUUUAGUGAAAAGCUAAAAGGGGCGUCAUUGAACUACUGUACUUAUGACAAGGAGUUGUAUGCACUUGUGAGGGUCUUGACCCAUUGGCAACAUUAUUUGUGGGAUAAGGAGUUUAUUAUACGAUCAGAUCACGAAUCCUUGAACCAUUUGAAGAGCCAAUCCAAGCUCAACAAGAGACAUGCGAAAUGGGUAGAAUUGAUUGAAGCUUUCCCUUAUGUGAUCCAUUACAAAAAGGGAAAGGACAACGUGGUGGCGGAUGCAUUAUCUAGAAGGCAUGUCUUGCUAAACACUAUGACUUCUAGAAUGAUGGGAUUUGAAUUCCUUAAGGGAUUCUAUUCUCAAGAUCCCAACUUUAAGGCGAUUUGUGAGGAGUUGACCCAAGAGAGGAGGGUUGAUAGGUUCAAACUUGUUGAUGGGUUCCUAUUCAAGGAUGGUAGAGUUUUUGUUCCAAUGAGCUCAUGGAGAGAGUUGCUCGUCAACGAAGCACAUAGUGGUGGGAUGAUAGGCCAUUUUGGAGUGGCCAAGACACUUGCCAUUUUGUGUUAUAUCCAGUAG